GGGGAGAUGACGGAGGGUCAUGCGCCGAUGACCGGGAUGCAAUGCCGAGAGAGCACCGCCACCCGAGUAAUUCGUCAGAAGCUCCGCUCGCUAUUCAACCCAACCAUAUUCCCGUCAACAUUCACACGAGAUUCGUCAUUCUUGUACGUACGUACUCACGGAUACAUCUUCUGGAGCUGGGAAUAAAUCUAUUCACAAAACUCUAACAAAGUUGAAGGAGUUUGGGAAAUCCAGAAAUAAAAGAUGUCCGACAACCCAGUAAGCCGUUACUUUCCCCCCUCCCCCUUCAUGCGCUACGCUACCUCCCUCUAGCCUCGUCGCAAACCUCAAGCUUUAGCUUCCUACUAACCACCACUUCUUCUUUCCAGCUGAAGAACUCUUCCGUACCCGAAUCACCCACAACCGUUCAACCAUUCGACAUGGAUGACGACGACGUUCAAGAAACUGGUGUGUUGAGCAGCGAGUCGACUACAGCUCCCAAAGUACCCAAACCAGCAACUGUUGAGGAUGCUCCUCCACCAAAGCCCCCGCGCCCUCAGAGCGCCCAGCAACAGACUGAAAACACUCUCAAGGAAGCUUUUCCAUCCGUUGAGUUGGCUGUGAUCAAAGCUGUUCUGAGAGCAAGCGGUGGGCGUGUGGAAGCGGCCUUCAACGCUCUGCUGGGUAGAAUACCCUCCCAUUUUCUUAAUAAACUACUGUACUGACCUUUUUUGAUAGAAAUGACUGACCCCGAUGCGGUCAUCCAAGAGGAGAUUCCACCGCCUCAACCUCCACGCCCAGUCGCACCUGCAGCCCAAAGUCAACUCGAAGCCGACGAACAGUACGCUCGCCAACUGGCGGAACAAUACGGCGGCGGAGGAUCGUCUUAUGCGCCACGUACGAGUAGCAGAGGAGAUAGAGGAGAUACCCGUGCGAGACAACAACGACAAAAUGAGUUCCGCGAAGAAGAGCACAGUUUCUUAGAUGACGACCUACCUAUUAUCAAGGAGAACCUGAAGAAGGGAUUUCUGGAAACCCAGACUGUUGUCAACUCAUGGAUCACGAAUCUAAAGAAGAAGAUUGAUGGAGAUGAUGGACCACCACCUAAUGAAAUGGGUUACAGUACUGGACCGGAUCCUUACCGAGGCCGUAGGGGUGAAGACUCGAGGCAGAGUGGAGACUAUGCCCGAUAUGACGCUGAUCCCCACGUACUCGGGGACGAUUUCGCUGGUAUUCAGUUGAAUGAAGACGGCAGUAAGUGAUUCUGCACUAGUUUUGUUAUAGUGUUCUAACAUUCUUGAAGGUGCCGCUCGUCGCUCGACCCGCCCGUUGGCUAACCCCGACCUCUUCAAACCCACUCCAACCCCACCUAAAUCAGCAGAUGGACGCAAGGUUGCUUUCCAAAGUCGGCCCAUCGAAGAUCUGGACAUUUACAACACCUCACCCAAAUCUGGAGCUGCAAAGGAAGCGAAUGCUGGCAAGCAGAGCAAAUGGCAGCCGCUUUCGGCUGUUGAUCCCAACCCCGUCGGCGAGGCGGACAACGAUCCGUUCAGUCUUGGUGACAGUGAGGACGAAAAGGAAAGCAAGGAUCGGGUUGGAGGAAAGGAGGUCAACAAAGACGAUGCGGAGAGGCUGAAGAAGGCCGCUGCGGAAGCUAUGGCGGAUAGUAUUGGCGAGCCCGCCCGCAAACCCGAAGCUGCUGAAACGGUUGGCACCAAGGACAAGAUUGCCGAUGAGAAGCUGACUGGCAAGUCUUGA